AUGGUUGUUGCGAUGAGUGGUGGUAUUGAUGUGGGACUGGGAGGACUGAUAAUGGAUAUAAAGCUACUGCACAAGAGCUCAACAUUUGGCAAUUUCAAUAGUCAUAAGCUGAGUCUAAGCAAUUGGUUCUCAUCCCUGGGCCUCAACAACUCGCACCACAAACGCAAGAGUACAUCGCAGCUCAAGAACUCCAAAAGUCUCAGCGUUGUCCACGAAAUGCCGCGAAUCGGUUCCGACGGCGAGAGUGAAGAGGCUUCCGGUGCAUCGGAUGAAGUGAUUUCUCCCGUUACUAAAAGUCAUUAUAUCAGUAACAGUAAUGUCGGCGCCAAUGGGAACGUGCGGAUGAGGGCUCACCGCUCGCGACGGCUCAACGCUCAGGACAUCAGCAAACGGCUGUCACUGCCGGCCGACCUGCAGCUGCCCGAGAGCUUCCUCGCCAAACAGACCCUAAGCCCCACACCCGACGGACCACUCACUCGCCAAAUGCGGAGACAGUCAUUGAAUGAGAUCGGUUUCGGGCGAAUGGAAACGUACACCAAAUUAGACAAAUUGGGAGAAGGCACAUACGCUACUGUAUUCAAAGGCAAAAGUAGGUUAACCGACAAUUUGGUUGCGCUUAAAGAGAUCCGACUCGAGCACGAAGAAGGAGCGCCUUGUACUGCCAUUAGAGAAGUAUCACUUCUAAGGGAUUUAAAGCACAAUAAUAUAGUGACUCUUCACGACAUCGUUCACACAGAAAAGUCUCUGACUUUAGUUUUUGAAUAUUUAGAAAAAGAUUUAAAGCAGUAUAUGGAUGACUGCAGUAAUAUAAUGAAUAUGAAUAACGUUAAGUAUAUGGAUGACUGCAGUAAUAUAAUGAAUAUGAAUAACGUUAAGAUAUUUUUGUUUCAACUCUUAAGAGGACUUAAUUACUGCCACAGAAGACGUAUACUUCACAGAGAUUUAAAGCCACAGAAUUUGCUCAUCAAUGAAAGGGGUGAACUCAAGUUAGCCGACUUCGGGUUGGCCCGCGCUAAGUCAGUGCCAACGAAAACCUAUUCCAACGAAGUGGUCACUCUAUGGUAUCGACCGCCGGACGUACUCCUGGGCUCAACCGAAUACACCACGUCUAUAGACAUGUGGGGCGUCGGCUGUAUAUUCUUCGAGAUGGCCAGCGGUCGGCCACUAUUUCCCGGUUCGACAGUAGAGGACGAGUUGCACCUUAUAUUCCGAACACUGGGCACACCUACCGAACGCAAAUGGAAAGGGAUCACCAAAAGAGAAGAGUUCCUAGCAUUCAAUUUCCCACACUAUGAGCCCGAGUCCUUCCUCGACAGAGUCAAUAGAGUGCCGCGACUUGACUCCGAGGGAAUGGACCUCUUGAACAGAUUUCUUAAGUACGAGCCAAAGGCGCGGAUGACUGCCAGCGAGUCGAUGAGACACUACUACUUCUACAGCUUAGGUCCACAAGUGCAUCGACUGCAGGACACGGAGUCGAUAUUCUCGAUCCCAUCCAUACGGUUGAGCCGCGACCCGGGCAGUCGCACGUUCCCCAACACAGCCCUCAAUGGAAGGCACAGACGACAGAGUCUAUUGCUGUGACACCUGAGAGGGGACUAAAAAGCAGUGAGAGGUCUAAACCAUUAUUUUCCAUAUCCAUUGGCCAUCACUUCAAAAGCCAAUUUCAAAAUGUCAUUAACACUGAAUCACACCUACAUUUGUGCCAAUUCUAUAAACACUACUCUUUUUCUACAAAUGUUUGUCAUUUUUUCUUCCAAAACAUCACUCGAUAUAAACAAAUAAUUCAAACUAUUUGUUGAAAACAUCACAAAAAGAAAACACUUUUUUAAUCAGAAGACAAUCCGAUCCCUGUAUUUGACGCCUAAAAGCAUCCAAUGCUUAGCUUUUUUAGAGUAUAACUCAAAGAUCUAUCGC